GCUCUGCUGGGCUGGCGGCCCAGGAGGACCCCGGGAAGGAGGCGGAGGGAGGAGGGGCGCCGGGCGGAGGCAGCAUCAGCAUCAGGGCCAUUGCAAUGCCUUUGCUUUCCGCGGAGAGAGGGCUGGGCAGCCCCUGAGUCCCUCCCGAGGCGCCUCUCCGGGAGCCAAGGCUGGAUGCGAAUGAGAAAACACUGACAUUCUGGACCAUGCCAACAACUAUCAGGUCAGGAUGCAGAGGGAAGCCAUUGAAAUCCAUCAACACCUGGACAAUUUCAACAGGAGAGAAGAAACCCUGAAGACUUCAUCCACCAUGGAACUCAAGCUUCUAACGUGAGAUGGUCGAUUCUGAGGUGCCAGAACAGUGGAGCAUUACUUCCUGUUAGAAUGAAUGUGACCGAGUGGGCUGAGGGGAAGUGGACGGACCUCUCCAAUUCCUCAUCACAACUGCCUCCGCACCCCUGGGCUGGCAACAACACCUUUUCUUUCCAAGGGGAUCUCCAGGAGAUAAUCCAUACGGCCACUCUGGUCACCUGUACGUUUCUUCUGGCAGUCAUCUUCUGCUUGGGUUCCUAUGGCAACCUCAUUGUCUUCUUGUCUUUCUUUGAUCCGGCAUUUCGGAAGUUCAGGACCAACUUUGACUUCAUGGUCCUCAACCUGUCCUUCUGUGACCUCUUCAUCUGUGGAGUGACAGCCCCUAUGUUCACCUUUGCUCUCUUUUUGGACUCUGCUGCUGGUAUCCCUGAUGCAUUUUGCUUCACUUUCCACCUCACCAGCUCUGGCUUCAUCAUCAUGUCCCUUAAGACGGUGGCUGUCAUAGCCUUGCAUCGCCUACGCAUGGUGUUAGGGAAGCAGCCCAACCGGACUGCCUCUUUCCCUUGCACGCUCCUGCUCACCCUGCUCCUCUGGGCCACAAGCUUCACUCUUGCCACACUGGCCACCAUGAGGACCCAUAAAUCUCGCCUUUGCCUUCCCACUUCCAGCCUGGUCAAUGGUGAAGGGAAGAUCAUCCCUUACUUGUAUGUCAUUGACUUCAUUUGCUGUGUGGCAGUAGUUUCAGUCUCAUACAUCAUGAUAGCCCAGGCCUUGAGGAGGAAUGCCCAAGUACGGAAAUGUCCACCCAUCAUCACAGUGGAUGCCUCCAGGCCUCAACCUUUCAUUGGACCACUUGCUGCUGGAUGUGCAGAUGGGGUCCAGUGUGCCGUCCCAGCACUGUACAGAAACCAAAACUACAACAAACUGCAGCACAUCCAAACCCAUGCCUACACGAAGAACCAUGGCCAGCUGACUGCUCCUGCAACCAGUAGAUUCCAGUUGGUCUCCACAGUUAAUUUGUCUACAGCUAAGGACUCUAAAGCUGUGGUGACAUGUGUUGUCAUUGUCCUUUCUGUUUUGGUCUGCUGCCUCCCAUUGGGCAUCUCUUUGGUGCAAGACGUUUUGUCCAGAAACAGUGGCUUUAUCCUCUACCAGUUUGAAUUGUGUGGAUUUACACUCAUUUUUUUCAAGUCUGGAUUAAACCCUUUUAUAUACUCCCGUAACAGUGCUGGGUUAAGGAGGAGGGUCCUUUGGUGCCUCCAGUACUUGGCCCUUGUCUUUUUCUGCUGCAAGCAGAAAACCAGACUCCGGGCCAUGGGCAAAGGAAGCUUGGAGGCCAACAGAAACAAGUCUUCUCAUCAUGAGACCAACUCGGCAUACAUGCUGUCUCCAAAGCCUCAGAAGAAGUUUGUGGACCAAGCAUGUGGCCCUAGUCACUCUAAAGAGAGUGUGCUAAGCCCUAAAGGGUCUGCUGGCCACCAGCAUUAUGGAGGCCAGAGUAGUUCCACCCCCAUGAACACUCGCAUUGAACCUUAUUACAGCAUUUAUAACAGCUGCCCAUCUCAGGAAGUGAGCACACCAAACAGCUUUCAGCCAACAAACUCUCCAUUCGGGUUUGCCAAGUCUUACAUUGCCAUGCACUGUCACACAACAAAUGACCUAGUGCGGCAUUAUGACAGUCCUUCUGCUAAGCAGAUACCAAUUCCCUCUGUGUAGGUCAUGGGAAAUGAGGAUAAUCUCAUGUCCUCUGUAUGUGGGAGGGCAUACUUUUCUCUCUCUGCGUGUGGGGCUUGCCAUGAAUUGGCUGAAGUGUGAGAUCUGCCAGUGCAUGAAUAUAUAAGCCCUUCUAUACUUUGGGUUAAUUUUGCCUGAGCAGGCAACUAGUCAGCUCACAAGAAGUAGGUAGGGUUCCCAGUCUCACUGUGCCACAGCUAGGCUUCCAAGCUUUCCUGUUCCCACCUGGGCAAUGCCACUUGUGUAAUUUUUGCUGUAGAACAUAUGUCCUGCCGUCUCACUGGUCAUCUGUUUCUUCUUUUAAAAGGUUUCUGGUUACUUAUCAGCAGUAGGUGUUAUACUCCAAAAGUAUUCCCCUGUUUAACUCUUGUCCUAGAACUCCAGUGUACAGGGUUACAGCUGCCUUUUAAAGAUAUGCCAACCAGUAAUCAGCAGUUAAUGCUGUGCUGUUUUAGAAUUGAACCUAGUAUUAAUUUACUCUUUACAGUUGGCCCUUUGUAUUCACAGAUUCUGCAGCCACAGAUUCAGUUAUCCAUGGCUUGAAAAUAUUUUUUUUAAA